GUUAAUAUAUCACCAGUGAAUCUGCAGCUUGACCUUUGACUCUGAGAAGUUUCGGCUCUGAGUCGAGCCAAGCUGCAGGGUCAGAGCAGAGACAAGCUCCCAGCAGAAAACAAGUGACAGCUACAUUACUCUCACUGCAUCCUGAAGCCCCCCAGCCUUGAAUUUCCAAACAGACCUCGUCAUGAUGGAGAUGGAACAAACGCCUGCAAGUUGUCAUGAGCCGAGCCAAACUUCUGUCAGGAACUGGCGGUCCUCCAGCACAAGAGGAGGAACCAGGACACCCAGUGACACCACAUCCCGUUUCCAUGGAGAUGGGGUUCGCUACAAAGCCAAGCUGAUAGGUGUGGACCCAGUACCCGAUGCCCAUGGGGAGAAGAUGUGCUGGGACUCUAUGAUGAAGCUAAAGGGCUUUCAGGAAGCGGCAAGGAAACAGGGGAAACACAAGCAGAGAGUUUGGCUGAAAGUUUCCUCCAGCGGCCUGAGAAUCCUGGACGAAAGGACCGGGGCUGUGCUUCAAGACCAUGACAGGAGCAAGAUCAGCUCCUUAAGGAAAGAUGAGUCUGACCCCAGAGCUCUGGCCUACGUCUACCAACACCAAGACACCUACUGCCUCUUCUACAUCAAGAUGGCCAACCUGGCAGAUCCGGUCCUGGCUGACAUUGGGGAGGUUUGUCAGAUUGUGGAUGAGGAGACGCCGCAAGAACCUGCAGAGGCACUGACACAAGUCAUAGAAAAUACCAGCUCUUUACUGCCUCUAAAUGACAUCUCAGCCCCUCCAGCUGAGGGACCAGCUUUUGAGGAAGUGUUCAGUCCACGUCCGGAUUCUUCAUCAGGACCAUCAAACCAGGCCUCCUCCAGGAAUGAGCUGAUGGAAGUCUUCUCUGUCCAGAUGGAGGAGCCUCUGAUGCCCAGUCAGAGCCUAUGCACCACUCAGCCAGAGUCUCCAACUCCACCUCCACAGCCAAUGCUCUCCGCCUCUCAGAUCCUCUCCAUGUUCCCCGCACAGCCAGUAGGGGGCUCUCCAUACUCCUCACCCCCAUACUCUCCCACCGCCAUGCCCUGGGGCCAGCAGGGGCCUCUGGGAAAUCAGUGGGCAGGUCCAGCUGCGGCGCCUUGGCCCACAAUGCCAGGCAGUAUGGCAGCGUGGGCACCAGCAGGCAUGGCAGCGCCCCCUGCAGGCGGCCAGAUUCAGGCUAACGGCCCUCAGCCAGGAGUCAUGGGGCGAGGAAAUGCACCAGCUUCACCAACUGCUGUCAACGGGUACCCUGCCCCUUUAAACUCCUUCUCCGCCCCUGCUGGAGCAACAGCACCACUGCAGUCAGUGACGCCCAUCUUAGACUUGGAUCCCCUCCUGUGAUGAACUGGUUAUAACUGAAAAAAAAAAAAAAAUGAAUUGCUGCUCAUAGAGAACCACUCAAAAAUAAUUUCAGUUUAAUUUCUGGAUAUUCACUUUUGUCUUUAUUUACACAUUUAAUCAAAUAAUUGUGUUGCUGCUAUUCAAGAAAAGUAGAAGAUGAAAACAGUCCAACAUGUCAGAGUUAAAGUAUACUGCCCCACAAAGCCUAAGUGCAGUUAACUACAUUUUUGGUCAGAAUUGAGUUAUAAGUAAAAAUGAACUCCUUGAUAUCUGUUUUAUCUUGUGACAAAGUUUCAGAGUUCAAUUUUGCUUAGUUUUAGAGAAAAAACAGUAUAAAAUUUGCAGUAACUACAAAAUCUGUCUCAAAACCAAACUUUAAAACCAUUUUUCUCAGUUUUACCCUUUGCGUAGUUACUGCACUUAGGCUUUGUAGGGCAGUAUAACAUGUCUGUUUAAACUGAAUUGCUGCUCUUGUUUCUCAUAAAAAUAAUUUAUGAAAUCAUCUAGUAACUAUAAUAUAGAUAUCAGCAAUUGAUACUGGUCAUGAUCUAUUUCUGCUCAUUUACAGUCUUAUAAAUUUUAUCUGAUACCUGAAAUGACUUGUCCUUUAUUUUGUGUCUACAUUACUUUGCUUUUUCUUUAAUAAAUUAACUUGCUGUCUUAUUGAAAAGUUUUGCUCAUCUCUUGCACAUG